AUGAUUUUUGGUGGGGUUGAGGUAAAUGGGAUGACAUUUUCGGCAAUGGAAAAGAUGAAGAUAUCAGUCACCCAUGGUAGUUCAGCCAAUGUCAUCCAAUUGAGAGUUUUGGAACAAGAAAAGUUAAUCGAAAACAUAGUUCCGACGACAAAGCUUCUGGCUGGGUUCAACUUAACAAGUGUAACGACCCGAAGAGAGAUCGUGUUGCCUACCUAUGCCGAGAGGGUGACAAAGUCCACCUUGUUCGAAGUUGUGGAUGGCGAUAAGGGCUACAAUGUGAUUCUUGGUAGGCCAUGGAUCCGCGAAAUGAAGGUUAUGCCAUCAAUUUAUCAUCAAUUGCUAAAGUUCCCUACACCGGAUGGGAUCAAGAAGAUUAGGGGUGAUCAACCUGCUGCAAGGAAAAUGAAUGCAGUUACCUUAUCUAGCAACAAGGCAGAGGGAAUCAGCAAAUAA